AUGACCGAACAUUAUCAAACAAAACCUCAUUAUCAAAUAAGCGACACAAAAAAUGUCAAUCUGUUAAAUGAGCGUAAAGCGGCUACAUUCAGUGUUGAAGAACUGACACAAUUUAUGUUCGGUGAACCUGGCAAUUAUUUUGAGAUAAACACACGACGUCAACUCAUUCGUCUGGCUCUUGCUCAUCCAAUACAUCGCACACAUUUACCACUUGAAUAUCUCGAUGCUGAUGAACACUAUUCAGUUACUAUUCGUAAGAGUCUGUUGGCUAUUCAAGAAGCAGCUCGUUUAAAUAUUACCAAUAACAAACAUCGUCUAUGGUUUUCUUAUGUAUUUACUGAUAGCCAUUUCCUAUUCUAUGUUCAUACAUCGAUGUGUUUAUAUGCGCUUGAAACAAUGGCAAAUGAAGAACAAAAACAGCAGUUUCUACCACUUGCACAAUCUUUUCGUAUCAUUACAACUUAUGCUCAAACAGAACUAGGUCAUGGGACAGAUUUAAGACGAUUAGAAACCGAGGCCGUAUUCGAUCGUACAUCUGAUUCAUUUGUACUUAAUACACCUACAUUGACAUCGAUCAAAUUUUGGCCAGGUGCAUUAGGUAGAACAACUAAUUAUGUUCUUCUUAUGGCUCAAUUAUACACACCUAAUCGUGAUCAUCCAUGCGGAUUGCAAAUAUUCUUGGUACAAAUUCGAGAUUUGAACACACAUGAACCAUUGCCAGAUUAA